AUGGCCACAAGUUGUUCUUCCUCUAAUGCAAUUACCCCGGCGCCAUCGCAGAAAUACGAGGUUUUUCUUAGUUUCAGAGGCGAAGACACUCGCUAUGGUUUUGUUAGCCACUUAUACGCCGCUUUAUGCCGGAAGAAAAUCAAGACUUACGUCGAUGACAAGAGUCUUGAGAGAGGAAAUGAAAUUUCAUAUUCACUUGCGCAAGCAAUUAAGGAAUCAAACGUUGCUGUGAUUAUUCUCUCAGAAAACUAUGCUUCUUCCUCGUGGUGCUUGGAUGAGCUUCUUCAAAUACUAGAAUGCAAAGAAAGAUACGGCCAAACUGUUAUUCCAGUGUUUUACCAUGUAGAACCAACGCAUAUACGCAAACAACAAGGGAGAUUUGGCAAGGCUUUCUCUCUACUUGAAAAACGUUUUAAGAAAAAAGGAGACCAAGUGAACCAGUGGAAGAUUGCUUUAUCAACAAUAGCAGCUCUAUCUGGAUGGGAUUCGAGUGUCGUCAGGCAGGAGAACGAGAACCUGAUGGUCAACCCAAUGGAAGCCCAACCUUCGUCUAGCCCAUGGACCAAGCUGUCAAAGGCCCAGCCCGUGUAA